AUGCCUCAGUUCCUGCUUCUCACCUGCCUCCUCAUCACAAUUACACCUGCAGCACCAAUGGCCCUAGAUCCUUGUUCUGCUUACAUCAGUCUGAAUGAGCCCUGGAGGAACACUGACCACCAACUGGAUGAAUCUCAAGGUCCACCUCUGUGUGACAACCAUGUGGAUGGGGAGUGGUACCGCUUCACGGGCAUGGCGGGGGAUGCCAUGCCCACCUUUUGCAUACCAGAAAACCACUGUGGAACCCACGCACCUGUCUGGCUCAAUGGCAGCCACCCUCUAGAAGAUGAUGGCAUCGUGCAACGCCAGGCCUGUGCGAGCUUCAAUAGGAACUGCUGCCUCUGGAACACCACGGUGGAGGUCAAGGCUUGCCCCGGAGGCUACUACGUGUAUCGUCUGACCAAGCCCAGUGUCUGCUUUCAUGUCUACUGUGGCCAUUUUUAUGACAUCUGCGAUGAGGACUGCCACGGCAGCUGCUCGGAUACCAGCGAGUGCAGGUGCGCUCCAGGGACCGUGCUGGGCCCCGACAGGCAGACAUGCUUUGAUGAAAAUGAAUGUGAACAAAACAAUGGUGGCUGUAGUGAGAUCUGUGUAAACCUCAAAAAUUCAUAUCGCUGUGAGUGUGGGGCUGGCCGUGUGCUAAGAAGUGAUGGCAAGACUUGCGAAGACAUUGAAGGAUGCCACAACAGCAAUGGCGGCUGCAGCCAUUCUUGCCUUGUGACUGAGCAGGGCUAUCAGUGUGAAUGUCCGCGGGGCUUGGUGCUGUCUGAGGACAACCACACUUGCCAAGUCCCCGUGUUGUGCAAGACCAACACCAUCGAAGUGAGCGUCCCCAGGGACCUGGUGGGCGGGCUGGAGCUCUUCCUGACCAACACCUCCUGCCGAGGAGUGUCCAAUGGCACCCACGUCAACAUCCUCUUCUCCCUCAAGACGUGUGGCACCGUGGUCGAUGUGGUAAAUGACAAGAUCGUGGCCAGCAACCUUGUGACAGGUCUACCCAAGCAGACCCCAGGGAGCAGCGGGGACAUCAUCAUCCGAACCAGCAAACUGCUGAUCCCCGUGACCUGCGAGUUCCCGCGCCUGUACACCAUUUCCGAAGGAUACGUUCCCAACCUUCGAAACGCCCCGCUGGAAAUCAUGGGCCGCAGUCACGGCAUCUUCCCGUUCACUCUGGAGAUCUUCAAGGACCACGAGUUUGAAGAGCCUUACCGGGAAGCGUUGCCCACCCUCAAGCUUCGAGACUCCCUCUACUUUGGCAUCGAGCCCUUGGUGCACGUGAACGGCUUGGAAAGCCUGGUGGAGAGCUGUUUUGCCACCCCCACUUCCAAGAUCGACGAGAUCCUGAAGUACUACCUUAUCCGGGAUGGCUGUGUUUCAGAUGACUCCGUGAAGCAGUACACAUCACGGGAUCACCUAGCAAAGCACUUCCAGGUCCCUGUCUUCAAGUUUGUGGGCAAAGACCACAAGGAAGUAUUCCUGCACUGCCGGGUCCUGGUCUGUGGCAGGCUGGAGGAGCGCUCCCGCUGUGCCCAGGGCUGCCACCGGAGAACGCGGCGAGAGGCAGGAGGGGAGGACGCAGCUGGUCUGCAGCAGAUGCUGACGGGCGGCCCAAUCAGCAUCGACUGGGAGGACUAG